AUGUUUUUGUUUUUAUGUUUCGGAAGGGUUUCAUGUUCAUUUAAUUUGACACAAGAAAACUACACACAAUACAUGGAAUCUCCAGAUAGAAAACCAGUCCUUAUCAAGUUCUGGGCAACAUGGUGCAAUCAUUGCAAAGAAUUUGCUCCGUAUUGGGACGAAUUUGUAGCUGAAGAUCAUGAUUUCGAUGUUGCUCAAGUUGAGUGCGCUAGCAAUCCAGAAAUAUGCAAGAAUUUCGGUAGAAAUGGUUAUCCAGCAGUUAUGUGGUUCAAUCCAGGCGACAAGAGAGGCGUUAAAUGGGUUGUUGUCCAUAACGUACGCCAGCUCGAUAACUUCUGUUUGAAGAUGAAGCAUUUUCCGAUCCGAAUUAUUACUUUAGAUGAUAUUGACAGCAUGAAGGAGGUUGUUGUUUCCACCAAAUUCCUUCUUGUUACAAACAGCCAAGAAUCACGCGAGUUCCAGCAAUUGAAGGCCAUCGCAGAAGACUAUAAGCAUUUUAGUACAGAAUUUUACGCCAUCAUCACAGACAACUAUACUACAUCCCUUCAGGCAUUUACCGCUAACUCCGCUGAGCAGAUGUAUUCAGGCGAUUACUCAAAUGAAUCUUUGACAGAGUUCAUUCAUAUGCAUUUGUUCCCAUUCCUUUCAUAUUACGUACCAGAAAUUGCUCAUUUCCACUACUACUACAACAUGACCUCUCUUAUUGUCUUCGCUCAGAAGAAAUUCUCCAAGACAACAAUAGAAACAGCUUCCAAGAUUUCCAAGUAUUUCCCAGCCCACGUAAUUUCAUGCAACAGAAAUCCUUACAUUUGCAGAUACGUUUUCGUCGGUCCAAAGACUCGUUACAUGAUUUACGAUCAAAGAAACUUCAAAUACUGGAUGCAUGACGAAGGCGAACAGGAAACAGUAUUAGAAUGGGUUGAUGAUGUCCGUAACAACAGAAUUCCUUAUUCCGGACCAGGAAAUGGAACAUUCUCAUUCGUAUGGCAGAAGAUCCAUCAUAUUUAUGCUGCGGAGUUGUUAGUUCCAAUCCUUCUUGGCUUAUCCAUCCUCGGUAUCAUCGUAAUUGUCAUUCUUAUCAUUAAAAUUAUCAGAUUAUCCAAGAAGCAGAAAGAAAUGCGCCAGGCAAGGCUUUUGAAGAAGCAACAGGCUGCUGCUGCUCAGAAGAAGGAUGGCGAAGAGAAGAAGGACGAAAAAGAAAAGAAAUCUGACGAAGGUGAGCCAACAAAGCUCAAAGAAGAUUAA